AUGUCCGUCCUGCGCGGAGGAAGUGGGUUCCUCCAGCGCCGCCUCACGAAGUUGUAUACCGACACAAAAACUUCCUGCGAAAGUGUUACUACAGCCUCGAAAGCUCUUGACGAUCCUGAACUUGUCGCCUUACAUACCAGUUUCCAGAAACAGCGAGACCGUUUGCUGGCGUGGGGUCUAGACUGGAGUGACGCUAGCGCCGCCCAGCCCAAUGAUAUCGACGAGUCCCUGACCGCGGCUGGCUUCAGCGAUGUCGUCGAGAGUGUCAUGUCCUCAAUUCAGGACCUGCUCUACAAGGCAGAGCAGGUCCAGCAUAUCGAUCCGCCGAUUCUCCCGUCCAAGGAACGGAGGGUGGAUACGAAGGAUAGCCUCGGCAGCUUGCCACUGAAGACACAGUGGACCGACGAUGAUAUCAGUCGUUCCAACACGCUCCUGAGCGAUUUGACAGCAUGCAUCGAUACUCUCUAUGAUCUUUCUCGUUCGCGACGUGAAGCGAGCAUGUCGAGCAAGUACAACGCCACCGCGCGCUCACGACCGAACCCUACCUCUCCAUAUGAUUACCCUUACGGCUCCUUCUCAGACUCAAAGGGAAAGGUUCAAAGUCCCAAGCAGAUGAUCGACCCUUUCAAUUACUCCCCCUCCACCACUAAGCGCGAUUUCAGCAACACUUUCGUCUCCCACCCUUUCGUCAUCGACCGAUCGGCCUUGCAACUAUACGGAGCGACCCACGAUAACAGUCCCCCACCAUAUGAACCAGUCGCAGCGUCUUCAAACUCUCGAGCCAUCGGCCGCUUGAAGUCCUCGGCUAUUCCGUCCGUCAUUGGCACGUUCAAAGAAUCUCAUGUUUCUGCUCUUGUCGAGUUCAUGCCGAUGAUGGCUGAAUCACCUAUGAACUCAAAGAAUGUGAGACUUGAGAAGCUCCAGAAGUCGCUUGAUCAAUUGCUGCAAAACGCCAGGAUCUCCCACCUGGGCCUCCUGCGCUUCCUCGGUUACUCUCUUGAUGAGCCUAAUGCCCGUUAUGCCUUCCUCUACCAGAUGCCCGUCGAUUACUUCCCCUUCCUUCAAAACCCCAGUGAUCUUCUCAAGGAGCUCAAGCCUGUGCCCCUAGUUGCUAUGCUUCCAUCGGCAGAAGACUAUCGCGAAAAGCGAAUGCCGAACCUUGAGACUCGAUUCCGUCUCGCCUAUGACUUGUUGAUGUCUGCUCUGCAUCUCAGAAGUCAGAAUGCUGUGCACGGUAAUAUUAACAGCAGCAACGUCAUUUUCUUCCCCGGUCGCACUGACGCGACGAACGAAGAGGGCGGCCUUUCGCCUGAUCUUCGUCGUGCUUAUUUGACCUCUCCAGCCCGGUUCUCAGGCGAUGGCCCUACCCCGGAACCCAUUUCUACCGCAAUUUAUCGCCAUCCCGAAGACAAGAGAAGUGUUGAGGAAGACUCUGCCUGGGCAUAUGAUCUUUACUCUCUGGGUCUUGUCUUGCUUGAGAUUGGGUUGUGGGCACCAAUUGGGCGGCUUUGGAAGAUGAAGUAUGAUCGCACAUGGUUCAAGCACCGCGUGGAAGAUCUAUAUAUCAAGAAGCUUGGCGCCAAGUGCGGUACUGCAUACAUGCAGGCUGUGCAGCUGUGUCUCGAUGCACCCAAUUUCCAUCUCUCCACACAACCUAUGACAGAUCUCUCACUUCGCGUGCCUCAGAUUUAUCAUUACCCCGUUCUUGACUUGUCAGAUCCCGAUGGAACGUUCUCAUUCUCAAUGAACUUCAUGUAUACGAUCUGCAAGAUCUUAUGGGCAUGCAGUCGUAUCGACAUCUUCAACGCUCCCUCGGCGGAAGAAUUGGACGACUGUCUGCCUCUCGCUCUGGUUCCGACUCCCGAGCCAACACCUGCGGAGGAGAAGCCUGACCCAUACAUUGCUGCCCGUCAACCGAGCAACUUGGAUAAGCAGCUUCCCUCGAUCCCAGGUCAAUGGGGUGCGGUGACCGAAGAAAAGAGCAUGGACAAACCCGCCAAGAAACGUACCGUCAAGCGCAUUCCUAAUAUCGAGAUCCCCGACGAACACCUGCAGGAAUGGAAUUUCCAAAUGAUGCCGCAAUUGAGCCGACUUCUCCAGAAGAUCCUCAAGGAGUCGUCGGAGUCGUGCGGAGCCUCUCUCAUAAUGACUGGAGAGUCACCUGAAACGGCACGCACGACUAUCUGCGUAACCUGCGCUAGCGUCAAGAAGGUCCGAUCGGCCUUGAAGAAGCACUUCGUUCUAGGUCGGGACGAUUGGGAUCUCAUAGUGAUCCGCGGCGAUAUUGAGCGUUCCAAAGUCCCCCGCAACAAGCGCCGCAAGCCUGCCAAGACACGCCCGAAUGGAUCAAAUCAAACUCCCUUUCGCCAGCGAGAAUUGAAUCCCUGCUAUCAGCAACGGCCUCUGUGUGGUGCAUCGAUUGGCGCUUUCCAAAAUGAGGAGCACUUACCUCCUGUUUCCUAUGGUGGUGCCGUCCUUGUCGAUGGCUUACCGUACGGAUUGACGGUCCACCAUAUGCUGGAGGCCCCCAGUGAUGAUGAAGACUCUGGGAAUCACGAGCAAGACGCUCCAACUCGAUCAGCAGGCAACUAUCCCAGAGAUACUACAAAUAAUCCCAACCAAGACCUAAUCUACGCACACGGCGAGGAUGAUCACUCUGAAGCCAAUCUCGACCUGGUGGUCUCAGACCCCGAGGACGGUGAUGACACGUCAAUAUCGCAAGGUGACGGCGAAGACGAAUACUGGCUUUCAGAUGAAGAAUCCUCCGAUGAUGACUCUAUUGACGGCGAUGAUAACGACGAUGACGAUGCUGCUUCCAUCGGCGAUACUGCUGGUAUCGAACCUGGUGAAGAGCCGCGAUUACUGGUCACCCAGCCAGCCAUUGACGACGUACACGAUGAUUUUUUUCCGUCCCCCGAGGACCGUGAUGACGAGCAUCUUGCCUCCCAUUCCCUAGGCUAUAUCCAUGCCUCAUCCGGCGUGCGACGGUGGACACGGAAAGGCAUCAAGCACGAAAUUGAUUGGGCUCUCAUCAAAGUUGAUGAAGCCCGCAUGGAUCCUCGCAAUAUCAUCAUUGAGACCAGCUCGGCCUUGCCUGUCCGGCCUGGCAUGGGACGAGCCGCUCCUCCGCAACCCAUCUUUCUCAAUCAAGUGGCUCGAAUGGAGGAAAUGGGCGGAUUACAUGUUCACUGUUGCGGCCGCACAAGCGGGCUACAAAUCGGCCAAAUAUCCAAAGCUAUGACAAUAGUCAAGCUACAUGGCCGACACUCAUUUUCCACAAGCUUUUGUGUCAACGGGAACUUCGGAGUCCCCGGCGACUCUGGCGCAUGGGUAUUCGAUAGGUCCACCGGCCGCGUCUGUGGCCAUGUCCUGGCAUGGUCUGAGAAGAGCAACACGACCUACAUCUCGCCGAUGGAAGUCACAUUCGAAGACAUCGCCCGCACCCUCAACGCUUCCCUCGUCUCCCUCCCCGGCGACCCAUCCCGUCCAAUGGGCUACGCCGGCCCUACCAGCCAACCUCCGGGCCAACACCGCUACCAUACCCAGCAACUGCCGGGCGACUUUAACCGUCUUCAUGUCGGGUUACCAGUGCCUCCUGGGCCGCCUCAUCCCCAGUAUGCGCGACAUCCUCACCACCCGGGAUUCGGCUACCCUCCUUCGCAUCCUCCUCCACCUCCUCCAAGGCCCGGUAGUAGGGAAGCUUCUGUCUUUCGAGGCCCCGUGCCUCCUAUCCCGCCGUCAUUGUUGACGGGUCCGAGGAAUAUUGAGCGUCAGCUCGCCUGA